CGGGAUAGUGCAGUGUAGUGCAGUGUGAUGGGGGCAAAGGGAAUUGUCGAAUGUGGAAGCUCAGUCUGGUGUUCUUAUAGCCUUAACCUGAGCGCUGAGCAUGACGGCUAAGUCUCGCUCAAGGUGCUGUGCUUCUCGAGACUCACAAGCCUUGCUAGCAAGCAGGCAUUCCUGGUGACCAUUGCACAAAACACAGAUGCUGACCGGCGGCACACCUUCACGAAUGCCAUCCUGCGAAUGCGAGAAUGAGCUCACCUCGAUGGAAAGCGGCACGACAAAAGACGCAGAUCAGCAGGCCAAAAAGCCCCACCGAAACGCCACCCGGUUCUACCGUGUAAGCUGCCAUGCUGUACCACCUGGGUUGGGGAUCGAAGGGGUAUCACCAUCACAAUCACAAGUUUGCCGUUCCUGGGCUCGUCUCUGUCUCACGAGCCAAGGACUCCUGCUGCAUUCACGAUCAAUGCGCGUCGCUCGAUAGGGAGUCGAACGUGAAUCUGAUGAAGGUGUCGCUAUGCACAAGAGGCCUUGCGG